CCAUGGAGAAGCAUUGCUUACAGAUCCGUGGACAUCUGAAGUUGCAAUGCUGAGCCAACCACCUUUUCAUUAUCCUCGUUUAUAACCGUGGGAUUUUUAUUAUUAUUAAUUAUUUUAUCACAUCAUCAAAACGAUUCACUAUCGGAAUGAAACUCUUUGCUUGAGAAAAUAUGUUUAACUUCGGGAGCUGCUUGGUGUGAUGCCGAGGGGUGACCGCAGCAUAGCUGCAGCAGCAGAGCAGUGCUUCCUGCACGGUUGGCUGGGACAGCUCGAGCUCUGCCACGGGUCACGCUGCCGCUGGGCGCAGCUGCACGUGGGCACCGUGUCACCUCGUGGCAAAUGGCGUGUGGUUACCAGUUCUGUCUGCCCACAGAUGAGGAAAGGCUGCAGCUGUUUGUAUGUGUGGUCAGCAAAAAAGGCCGCUUACUACUUACUGUAUAAAAGCCUUAAGAAAGUUUUUCCUCUUCUCUUUAAGACGUGUCGGAAGAUGUUUUGAUGAAUGUUGCAACAGUUUGCUCUAGUCUUGUGCUCAGUCCAUACUGAUGGCCUGGCAGGCUUAUAUCAGAACCUGCAGGCUGCCUAGGCCCCUUUGAAGGUGUUGGCCUGGUGGGGAGCGCCUCUCUGCUUUGUUAGAUUUUAAGUUUAACUACAGGCACCCGAGUCUUCUUUCCAGAAGUGAAAUUACUCCUUGCCACUUUGUUUCAAUGUAUUUGAAAGUGGUUUUAUACAUUAUUCUAUAGAGAAAUCACACUACAUUUUAAAACGUGAUUGAUACUUUAAAUUGUUUCUUAAAGGCUAGUCAUUUUCCCUAGGCAAAGCGUUACUCAUCUUUAUCAUAACACCAGUUGUUUUUCUGAAUUCCAGGGAGUUUUUGCUGGCCAUUUAAUCCACUCCUCUGCAUGGAGUGGUGGUACAUUUUUGUUUGGUUUAGUGACAGUGUCGGUACAGCUGUGAGCACCAUUUGCCAUUCCUCAAAACUAAGCAGCCUUCUUUCCAAGUGUUAUACUUGAGAUAGUCGGUACCACUCCAGUUACUAACUGAUAAAGAGGAAUUUUGGUUUUAUUUCCACUUCACGAUCUGAAAUAUAAGCAUUUCCCUUGCAGCUCCCCGGGACAAUAGUAAAAGUAGGAUAUCUUGCCAUGACACAGCAGUGGGCUUUGUCUCAGUAUACGACCUUUGUCUCUAUUUCAUACAUGCAAUGGUAUGUGAUUGAUUUAACUUGUACAGUCUAUUCUGGCAAAUGCACUAUUUAUUACUGGACACUGAGCAUAGAGUUCUACAAUAAAAGAUAAUGAAAUGCUGUAAUAGGACAAGUCGUCUUUCUGAUUGCUGCAACAAUACCACUUGAGUUACAGAAUGACCAUUUUGUAUUUCUUCUUAAAAAAGGCCUUGUUUUCAUGUUUGAAAUGAGAAGAGUUGACUGCAAGUAGCAGCUAUUUUUCUUCUUUCUGAUUUUUGUUUAUAGAAGCACUUCCCCAGUAACUUCAGCCUACGCCAUCUGAAGCUGCUGCAGCUCUCUCCUCUGGCUGGGACCCGUCAGCCACGCUGUUCAGCCCAGUCCCUGAUUGUCCUACCAUGGCCAGCCAGUUCGCGGCUUUGUGUUUCCAUGCUCUUCAAUCAGAUGGCUUUAGAGAUCCGAUGAGCACAGUUUGUGAAGUCUGAUCUUUAGGAACCUCAUAAAAUAGGUGUUUGGAGCUUCCUCAUCUUGAAAGACCAGACAUUGGAAGAGCUGCCAUAUGCUUUAUUUUGGUGACAGGAUUUAAUUUACUGACUGUGUUUUAAAGGUGGUAACAGGAGACUGCAUAACUAGUAAAGUUAUUGCAUUUGCAGGUUUUAGCCAAGCAGAGCUUUCUUUGUUUGUUUGCACUGUGUAAUUUCUAGUGAUGCUGUUGUAGCCUAUCACAGAUGUGACAGGAGAUCCACAUUGUUUUUAACUAAGGUUUCUUUGUUGACCACCUCAUUCCCAGUUGGAGAGCUUUGCUGUCACUGCAGACAUGAUUUAAUAGGAUGAUGUGAUGUCUUGUAAGCCUUGGGCAGCACAACUUUUAGGGAUGAGCUGAGAAAAUUCUUCGGGUACAGGCGGCUGCUAUGAGUAGCUGACACAACACAAGUACUUAAGUUCAGUCAUAGUGCUAGAAUGAAGAUUUAUCAGCAGCUGAAAGUCAGACGUGGUUCCAUGAAGACAUGAGGUUGGAGUCUGGGAAGUUGUUUUGUAGUGUAGGGGGGUUUGGUUUUGUGCAUUGUUGUUUAUUAUACUUGUUACUGUAGAAUACAUUAAGGCAAAGAAGGCUUCUUUGCAAGUAAACUAGAAAAGCUCAUACCCUUAUUUCUAAGGCACAUUCUCGUGCCGGAUCACGUAUUUGCCUAAACUGAGUAUGUGAAGCCCUGUGUACACCACUUCUGUGCUAUGAAGUUCUCAGCAUGUUGCAGAUGGACAUAACUGGUACCUUACAUACCAGAAACACUUGUUUGGGCCGAGGGUAGCACAAAAAGUGCCUGGCUCCAGUUAGGGGGAUCCUGAACUGAUGUUUGAUGCCGAGUGAUGCUGUGUGCACAUAAGGGAAGCUCUUGGGCAUAGGGGAAAGAGGUUGGCUUCUUAUUUUGCCAGGAGUUUUGAUAUGCUUAACGUUAUCCAAUACCGGCAACUGAGGUAGUCUAAAUACCGCAGCAGGGACUGAUUAGCUUUUUCAGAUCACUGCUUUUAUUUGCUGUUCGCAAAGAGGCUUAAUCCAGUGCUGGAGAUCAGGCUUCCCACUGGGCUCGUGGGUAGCUUUCCCUCAGCCUUUGUGCUGCAGUGGCAGAAAUUAGUGAGGAGCUCCUCCUGCCACCAGCUGUAGGGCUGUGAGGCAGCGGCACUGCUCCUGGCCGUGAGCAGUGAUGGCCCAGGGAAAGCAGAACGUGGGCUUCUGCUGGGCAGUGUGCUAGCUGAGUGUGCGAUGGAGCCGUCAGUGCAUUAGCACGAUGGCAUGGGAUUUUAAUGUUUUUAAUUGAGCUUUGAGCCUUGCUGCUGUUACAUGGCGCAGUGUGUGUGCUGUGGGGCCUGCUUGAUUAGGAACGGUGGGCAGGGCUGGGUUUGGGUUUGGGUUUCAGUGGGGCUUUCCUCCACGAAAAUAAAACAGAACAAAGCGCUGGCUGUGGCCAAGCUCCUGAUUUCCCUGCAAGCAUUGCAUCACUGCAAAACAGCAGGAAGAUCUUGACACCCUGAGCAGGGCUAUGAAGUAACAGGGAAAGAAGCUCUGUCACAAACGAGUGGCUCCCGAACAAAGGGUGCUUCUAGGUGCCUUUCUGUUGAGAGUCCUAACAUUUCAAUGCAGCUGCAUAAAAAUACUCUUUGUUCUAUGUAUUAAUAUUAUUUGGGGUUGCUUUAAUCAGUUUUGCCUUCCACCAAAACUGAAAUAUACCCACAAGUCCUGCUAUAACUCUGCCUAAGUGCGCAUCUAUUACACUUACUGACCGAUGUACAAAAGCAUCAGGAAAUUCAGAAGGCAUUUUCUGAACACUUUCCAUUGCAUGGUGUGGGCUCCUUUCAUAGCUCUUCAUACAUUGUACCAAUAUGAUUAAUUUUGCUAACAAGAAAAGGGGAACGCAAGUAGCUAGUGAUGGAUUUAUUUCUCUUCCAUAUUUUUAUACAAAGGAAGUUUCCUGAAUAGGCUUUAUAUUUCUCAUGACUGGUUUUUUAUAUUAUCAUUAUUAUGAUAGAACUCACAACUUUUACUGCUCAAAAAUAAUUCCUUUCUUUGUUUCAUGAAUUAGAAACAAUGAGGAGAAGCCGAAGUCUGCCCAAGCCAGGUGUUUCUUGUUGGCAGCCUGCUCCCUAAUGACUCUGGCUCUCAUACAGCAGCUGCCUGCUAGCCUCCUUUGUAUGGCCCAUUGUUGCUGCACACCCCUCGUUAAUACACAUGCUGCCCGGGGCAGCCCCUGUGAAUGACAUCAACUUGCUUAUCUUAGAAACCCCAAACCUGAUGCAGGGCGGGGAGGUUGCCUUGCAUCUGCCUGGCCAACUAAUUGUGAGCGCUGUGGGUUGUGAUUGGCUCCCCUUCCGCUCGGUAAUAGGUUAAGCAAAGACAUUGCGGGUCCAUCUGUUCGUCCAUUCAUUGUUCUGCUCGCUCGCCUCAAGUCUGCAGCUGAAAUCGUGUUAAGGAGUUGCUUCUGGAACAGCUACAAGAAACCAAUGCCUGUGUGCUUUCCAGCGAACGAAUACGGAGCGCUUUAUAUUCAGGAAUACAAGAAAAACAGCAAAGUGGAGUCAAGUACAUGCAGCAGCUUCAUGGGCUUGAAGGAUCAUCUAGGGCGUGACUUAGGCCAUCUUUAUGUGGCGAGCACUGGCACACAAAUAAAUGCAAUUGUACCUUGGUCAAUGGCGGAGAAGCCGACGAUGGAUAAGGUUAAUUCUAGGAAAGAGGAUGUAGACAAGGAGGCAUCUGAAGAGACUUCAGGAAGCUCCAGCUGUGACUCUGAAGAAAGCACAAAUUCAGAUAAUGAUUCAGAGAGACUGAAUAGUUCUGCAUCAGAAUCACAUUUAUUGCCUAAGACUCACCGACAGCUGUGCCGAUCUCCUUGUUUAGAGCCUCAUAUACUUAAAAGAAAUGAAAUUUUGCAAGACUUUCGGAUAGAAGAGGCUCAGACAGUACCGAAGGAAGUCGAAAAGCCCCCUGAUGUGGUGAAAGAAUAUCAAACCAAACUGGAGUUUGCACUUAAGUUGGGUUACUCUGAAGAGCAGGUUCAACUUGUACUAAAUAAACUUGGUACUGAUGCUUUAAUAAAUGAUAUUUUGGGAGAACUUGUCAAACUUGGGAAUAAAACUGAGACAGAUCAGUCUGUAACUAAUGCUAACACUAGUGUAAUGCGUGAAGCGUCUUCCAUAGAGUCUCAGAGGUCAGAAUCUCCGCUGCAGGAGGAUGUGACGGAGGAUGGUGACAACCUGAGGCCAAUAGUUAUUGAUGGCAGCAAUGUUGCAAUGAGCCAUGGGAACAAAGAAGUCUUUUCGUGUCGAGGAAUCAAACUGGCAGUAGAUUGGUUUUUAGAAAGAGGCCACAAAGAUGUUACCGUGUUCGUGCCAGCGUGGAGGAAAGAACAGUCAAGACCUGAUGCCCUUAUCACAGAUCAAGAAAUCUUGCGUAAAUUAGAAAAGGAGAAGAUUCUUGUAUUCACACCAUCCCGCCGAGUGCAAGGGAGAAGGGUGGUGUGCUACGAUGACCGGUUUAUAGUGAAGUUGGCCUUUGAGUCAGAUGGCAUCAUUGUUUCUAAUGAUAACUACAGGGAUCUAGCAAAUGAAAAGCCUGAAUGGAAGAAGUUCAUAGAUGAACGCUUGCUAAUGUAUUCGUUUGUUAAUGACAAAUUUAUGCCUCCUGAUGAUCCCCUUGGCCGCCAUGGCCCAAGUCUGGAUAAUUUUCUUAGGAAGAAGCCUAUUGUGCCAGAACAUAAGAAGCAACCGUGUCCAUAUGGGAAGAAAUGUACCUAUGGACACAAAUGCAAAUACUAUCAUCCGGAAAGGGGAAAUCAGCCUCAGCGAUCUGUAGCUGAUGAACUUCGUGCCAUGUCUAGAAGUACAGCUGCCAAAACUACAAGUGAAGGAGGACUGGUAAAAAGCAAUAGUGUUCCCUGUAGUACUAAGAAUGAUGGCACUUCUGAGCUUAAGCGUGCCACUCCGAAGAGGCAGUCGGAUCCUAGUAUAAGGACUCAAGUCUAUCAGGACUUGGAGGAAAAGCUUCCCACCAAAAACAAAUUAGAAACCAGGUCUGUACCUUCUUUAGUUAGUAUACCAAGUUCCUCUGCUGCAAAACCCCAAAGUACUGCACCUUUAACCAACGGCCUUCCAUCUGGAGUUCAUUUUCCACCUCAGGAUCAAAGACCACAGGGACAGUAUCCUACAGUGUUGAUGGCAACCAAAAAUCACGGAACACCAAUGCCUUACGACCAGUAUCCAAAAUGCGAGUCUCCUGUGGAUGUAGGGUAUUACUCUAUGCUGAAUGCAUAUUCGAGUCUGAGUAUAUCUGGUCCACGUAGUCCUGAAAGGCGCUUCUCCUUGGACACGGAUUAUAGGAUUAGCUCUGUAGCUUCUGACUGCAGCAGUGAAGGGAGCGUUAGUUGUGGCAGCAGCGAUUCCUACGUGGGUUACAGCGAUCGCUCUUACAUGAGCUCUCCUGACCCACAGCUGGAGGAGAACUUGAAGUGCCAACAUAUGCACCCCCAUGGCCGCCUUAACUCUCAGCCAUUCCUACAGAGCUACCACGAGCCUCUAACACGAGUGCAAAGUUAUAGUCAUGAAGAACCAAAGCAUCACCACAAACCUCCAAUUCCGUAUAUGGCUGUGCAUCUCCAGCAUCCAACCAUCGGUGCUCGUUCUAGUUGUCCAAAUGACUACUCUGCAUCUCAGAGUUCGUCGCACUCAAAGACCAUGCACACGGGGAGAGCCCUCGUGUCCACGAGGAUAGAUAGCAUUUCAGACUCACGUUUGUACGAUAAUUCUCCACUGAGACACAGAAAGCCUUUUGCUGGCCAAGAUGGGCUUGGAAGCUGGGACAGGCAGGGCUAUGGGAUGGAUGCCUACGGCUACCGUCAGACCUACUCUCUGCCCAGUAACCCCACGCAGCCGUGUUACGAGCAGUUUGCCUUCCAAAGCUUACCGGAGCAGCAGGACCAGACCUGGCGUGUACCGUACUGUGGAAUCCCUCAAGACCCCCUGAGGCACCAAGACACCAGGGAGAAGGUGUACAUAAACCUGUGCAACAUCUUCCCCCCCGAUCUUGUGAGGAUUGUCAUGAAAAAGAACCCUCACGUGACAGACGCCCAGCAGCUCGCCGCAGCCAUCUUAGUGGAGAAAUCUCAGCUAGGUUAUUGAGAGAUGAUGCAUCUUUGUGGUGUCCAGUAGUUUUCAGCUCAGCUCUAACGCUGAGGGAGGUUUGCUACAAUAGCAUUUGGGAUCUCCUUCUCAGCAAGGAGGUUAUAUAGUAAUCCAUUUAUGUGAAAUACUGUAAUACGGAGUCUGUAUGUAUAGCCCCAUGCAUCGGAGUACCUGAUAUGUUUUGUGUUCUAGUUUGAAAAUUUUUUAAAGGCUAUUUUCAUGGCUGGAGAAAGCUCCGGUUUAAAUUAAUAUAUAGAGAUAUAUAUAUACAAAAAUCUGUGGUCUCUGAUUAUAAUCUUUGGUGCAUCAGGGGUUUAUAUGCAGCACUUUCUAUCCUUGUUACAUGUUGUUGCGAUUUUGGGAUUUGUUUUUUAACUUGCUGGAUGUUGGUCCUGCACGGUGUUAAAACAACCUGCAGAGAGGAUUUUGCUACUGCCAGCAGACAAUUGUCAAGCCAAGUUUUUGAACUUUUUACACCACCGUGUUUGUUCGUUUAUUUGUUUGUGGCCUUUUUUUUGUGUGUGCUAUGAUCUAUUUAUAGGAAACAAAGAUUUACUACAGCACUGACUUUAUUUUUUAAACAAAUAAUUGAGUUACCAGUUAACGGUGAGAUGGGUAACCGUAUAUUAGUAAUUUAUAGCAUGGCACUUUUCAUUGCUUCCUUUGUUUUGUUUAAAUAGCUCCAUGUUUUGUUGAUGCAGUUGAUUAGUAAGAUCAAAUGCAAUCAGAGGAAAAAUACUUUUUUUUUUUUUUACUAAUUUAUGGAUAAGGUGAAAGCCUUAUUGCUUGGUUUUCAAAGGUGCUGAGAAUUUGCAGCCCCCUUUGAGCCUAGCAGAAACUGCAAACACUCAGUACCUCCGAGAAACAGGCCGCCUUGCUUCCAUCCCCACGUGCUGUUCCUGGUCGGUAGAAAGGGGCCUGACUUCGUAGGGUUCUGUUUAGAUGUUUUAUGUGUUUUUCUUUGUAUUGCUGCACAAGUGUACUGGAUAAAAUACGCUUUUCAUAAAAUAUUUACCUGUUUUUAAAUGAAUUUAAUUAUCUCAAUGCAAGUUUUGUAUUUAAGACACUGUUUGAUUUUACUUGUUAUUUAUCAAGGCUGGCCUGGAAAGGGUUUGUGUGUUGAGGAUAUGCAACACUUAUUAACUGCACUAUGGUGACGAUGUUGUAGCUCAAAGGAAUAACUUAAACUUUUAGUCUUUCUGUUGCGGAUGGGGAGGGAGGGUCGGGGAGAGAAGGGGCCGUGUGUGUUCCUGCCAUUAGUUCCUGGCCCGAUUCUUGCCACACGUAGUGUAGUCUUAGCAACAGACCAAGCGAGUCUGCUCUAGUACUAGUAAGGGAUAUUUCUGGUUUUAAGUCAUGGGUUUUACUAGCACCUCUAAGCUUUUAUAUACACAUAUAUAUAUAUAUAAAAUAGAAAUAGAUUUUGCAAUUGAUGUCGGUUGUACUUACAUGACAUAGUCAGUUGCCUACAGUUUUAGGUUUCCGUCCAUUGUAACAUUUUUCAGUGUUAACAAACCACUGGUUUACACUAUUACUGCUGGUCAUUUUGGUACACUUGCUGGAAUUUAAAGGCCCUGAAGAACCAGAAAGUACCUUUUACUGUUGAUACAAAUUGUAUCUUUUUAACUGAGAACUAUUUUGAUUUGUAGAUUUAGUAGAAACACAAAUGUAUAACUAUAGUCUUUUGGGCAACAUUUUAUCUCUUAUUGAAAAAUUAGACAUUUCAGGCGUAGAAUAGAUUUAGGCGAGUAAAAAGUAGUUAUUUGUUCAGGUGUCUGUCUCAAUUUCACAUAUUAAAAAAAAAAAAGAAAAUAAACUAAAGAAACUAUUGGCAUCUUCUUCCUUCUAAAAUCUUCGUAGUGUGAACUCACUAAAAUAAAGGUAAAAUGCUGCCUGAAAAUGAUGUCCAAGCACCUUUGAAUACGAAGACAUUUUCACUACUUGUGCGACACCGUGUGUUGCAGUGAGUAGGAUUUGGGUAUACGGUAAAUGCUUCUAAAGAGCAUUGUGCUUAUAGACAUAUCCAAUAAUCUGAACCGUGUUCAGCAAACUAUUUCAGGAAGUAGUGCUCCAGACAGCUUUCACUGCUGAUUUGGUGUGAGAUCUGAUUUGCCUGUCCCUGGGACAGCACAGGAGCUGCCUGUCCAGCUGUAGCCUUCCCCUCGCUUCGGUUGGUCGCUGUCUGCAGGGCGUUGCUGGAGCGUAGGGGCUGACGUGGUGCUGAUGCUGAGGUUUGGGUUAGGGUUAAGUGGGUCUCAUCUCGGUUGUACACCUAAGAUUUUUUAAAAUGGAAUUACACUUCAGUACUACACCAUAGUGUAGAUGCGGCUGUUUUAAUAAUGCAGCUAUUAUACCUGUGUUUUUAAUGAGUUUCUACAUCUAUUUUUUAUGUAGGAAUUCACUUCUGCCAAAAGCUGAAUUCCUUAAACAUGAACAGAAACGUGUGUUUGUAAUAGGGGCAUUUCAUCUCCCCUAUCCUGUGAGCAUCAGAACACCCCGUGCCGUGUGCCCGCAGCCCUCUGGCCUCCAGGCUUUGUGCCGUACUGCUGAAGCCAACGGGAGACGCGUGGCGGUGCCCGGAUCUCAGUGAGCGGUGCUGAUGCCUCCACUGAUGUUAACGCAGCGCUGAACGCCUGCAAGCGUGUUGGUUGGUAGAAGAUUCCCAUUGUAUGUUCUGCGCUUGGUGCUGAAGCACUGAAAACACUUUCGAAGUGUAAGAACAGGAGUUAUGUGGUGAUUUUUGAUGUUGUGCAAUGAUGUGCUAGUUCCCUUUAGACGCUGUAACGUUGGGUAAAGAAAAUGAGUGGUGGGCGAACUGCUGGGCUUGGUUCUUCCUUUGUUGUAGUUGUGAGUAUUGGAGGAGGAGGAGGAAGAGACCGGUCUGUAUGGAGGGCGGUACCAGCAGUACACGGGGAGCGGUGGUACCGGGCAGGUGGUACUUCUGUCAAUGGAAUUGCACUGACGCAAAUAGCUGAACUUAAAUGGUAAAGGGUGUCUUUGGGAACAGGUUGCCCAAGGAGGUUGUGGAUGCCCCGUCCUUGGAGGCAUUCAAGGCCAGGCUGGAUGUGGCUCUGGGCAGCCUGGUCUAGUGGUCGGCAACCCUGCACUCAGCAGGGGGGUUGAAACUCGAUGAUCUUUGAGGUCCUUUUCAACCCAGGCCAUUCUGUGAUUGAUUCUGUGAUUCUAUGAUCUUGCUAAUACUGCCUUUGCUGCAAGUGCUGUAGUUACAGAGGAGAACAAAGCACUUCAGGUUAGCCCCGUCCACCGCUUUCCUUCUCUUGGCAUCGAGAGCCGUUUGGGUGCUUGGCCAAAGCUCCAUGUGUGCAAGCAGGACCUGAGCCGUGAGAGCUCCCUUGUCAUGGUGCGCACAUACACCGUGUUUGGGUGCACAUCGACGUCAGGCAUCUGCCACCGCUGUUCUCUGUACAAGGGGUGCUGCCAGUAUUUAAAUACGUCCCAUGGGUACCUGACUUUGAGUUCGGUGUGCCUGGGAUGUGGCAGUAUUAAUUGCUACAAUGUCUUUUUACAAACAUAUUUAAAUGUCGUUUUUUUCAGUACCUUACCCUCGCCUGCCAACUACUGCUAGUGCUUUGAGGUAAGGCCACGUCUUUGCAGGCAUCCUGUUUUCUCUGCUAUGUCUGAACUGUAACUCUGUGCCCUGCUGCAAAACUCUGUUGGGAGAGCCAGAAGUCCGCUGCAUGCAUGCAACACCCCAAAAAGGAGAGCCAGCCUGGUGGCACCCGCGGCCUUUGGACUCUUGUUGAACUGUCCCAUCUUCUGCUGGGAAAGCAGCGGUGAAUGGGGAGCCUUUCUCCAGAACUCCCAAACCUGUCCGUGUACACGGAGUAGCUCACGUGGCUGGGAUGCCAUGGCAGGGCGAUGGAUGCAGGACGGGGCCAGGCUGCUGCUGCUGGGUGCGGCAUGGUACAAUGCUUUCCUGCUGUCUGGAGCAUUCAGAAAAUACCCUACUGACUUUGCAUUGCUACUGAAAAUUUAAAAUACUGUGCAAUUAAAGAGACCAUUUUUUAAUAAAAAGUAAGUUAGAAAUUAUUUAUUUUGAUUUACAGUGUGACUCUUGCUAAUUUAUUCCUUGUGUUCUAAGGCCACGGAAGAGUGUAUCUUUUAUUUAGCGUAGGAGCUUAAGCUGCUGAAAUGAAAAAAACAACAGAUUAAAGCUUAAAACGAAAUCCUGUGGCCUUGCUUUGUUGUUUUGUGUUGUUUGUUUGUUUUUAUAAAAGGGCUGAGGUUUUAUAAACAUCAAGUCAUGCAUUUUAUAUACUCUGUAAAUUAUGGAGAGGUACAGUUUAAGAAUUGUCUUUGAAUUUUAGUAUGUAUGUGCACACUGUUUAGACUAACCAUGUAACCAGUCCUAAAAUCGUCUGUGUGAGGCGGUUGUUCCGGCUAACCUCGUGGUGGGGAACAGGAGCUACAUUCAGACUCCACGUGUGGACAUUCCGUACCACAUUUCACACGGUCACGGAUAUCUUAAGGAUUCAUCAGGAGCUGGUGAUCUCAUUGCUCGAUCCCGUGUGCAAUGUCUGGAUCAACGUGUGCAUCAUACUGCUCUGUGUGUGUGUGUUGGGGUAUCCUUCAUUACGAGGCAAUGAGAUACAUGGUAGCUGUCUAUAAAGGCACUGUUGAAUAUAUUGAGUUGUUAAUAAUUAGGAGUAUGCUGUAAAUCAUUUUCCACCUUCCAUUUUCAGGUCUUACAGGUUUGGCAUAACUUAUGCUUGAACUGAUUGUUACUCUGUCUGUCCUUGUACCUCUGAAGGGUAAAUGACAGCAAUAGUUCUCUUCCCCCCUCAGAUCUAAUAGCCACAUGAGGAGCUGGAAGCACGCAGAAACCAAAUCUAUUCAUUGGCAUCUCAGCACAUUCAUCCUCACUGUUUCACAGGUGUAACAGUCUACGCCUUCUAAAACCAAACCUCUCUGUUUUUGUAGGAUGAACCUUGUUGUUGUUCUCCAGUGAAGUCUUAUUUUAAAGGUUGGGUUGGCUGGUUGGCUGCUUUUUAUUUGGAUGAACAACGCUCUUAAUCGUGCUGGUAUUUAAGAAACGUUGUGCCAGCAGAUUGCAGAACAUCGUGCAAGGAAACAGAAAUGCAGCUACAGCAGCAAUAAUUGCGUUCGGUAGUUCUGUUCCCCUCGUUAUCUCUGUGCUUGUAUUGAGUAGGUGAGGUUUUCUCUACCCUGAAGGCAGUUCUGGCAAAGCCAUUAGUUAAGAGUUGUGUUGGGACUAAUUGGUAAAGCAAUUGUCAAAUGCUCUUCGUUCCUUCCCUGGUUGUUCUGUGUCAUUUCUGUGAUGUGGCAACUCGCAUCUUAAAGCCGCCAUCUGAACCAUUCCAAAACACAUGUAUCUGGAUUCUGCUUUUAGAGAAAAAAAAAAAUAAAGUCUUGUUUUCCUCACUGA